UUGUUCUUUCUCCUCCUUAACAUUGGACGACUCCUUUUUACUCUCUCUAUCCUUCUCAAAGAUCUCAUCUUUCCAAUUGGGUCAUACAUAUCUAUUAGGGUUUCCAAACAUGUCUGGUGCGGCUGCUCUCGAUAUGUCUCUCGAUGAUCUCAUAAAGGUUAACAAGAAACCCAGCGGCGGCGGCGCCUCUCGAGGCGGCGGCGGCGGCAGCGGCCGAGGUCGAUCCUCUGGUCCCGGACCAGUCCGCCGCUUCUCUAAUCGCGGUGGGAAUCGGGCUGCUCCUUAUUCCACAUCCCAGGCUCCUGAUUCAACAUGGAGACACGACAUGUUUACCUCGGAUCAGACUGUCGCACACCCGGCGCAACAAGCUGGAGCUCGUCCCUCUUCAAUUGAAACUGGAACCAAGCUGUAUAUAUCAAACCUAGAUUACGGCGUUUCCAACGAGGAUAUUAAGGAACUAUUAUCAGAAGUGGGUGAUCUCAAGCGCUAUGGAAUACACUACGAUAGGAGCGGGAGAUCAAAGGGAACAGCAGAAGUUGUCUUUUCAAGACGGCAGGAUGCCUUGGCAGCAGUUAAGAGAUACAACAAUGUACAGCUUGAUGGGAAACCUAUGAAAGUAGAGAUUGUUGGGACAAACAUUGUCACACCCUCAGUAGCUCCUCCUCCUGCUGUUGCAACUGGAAUCAUCGGAAAUCCUAAUGGAUCUUCAAGGAGUGGCCACGGAAGGAAUGGUGGUGGUGGUGGUGGACCAACGAGGAACCAUGGAGGAGGACGUGGUUUUGGGAGGGGACGUGGUGGAGGAGGAGGAGGAAGAGGUGGACACGGUGGAGGAGGAAGGGGAAGGGGACGUGGGGAGAAACUAUCGGCUGAAGAUCUUGACAAGGAUUUGGAUAUGUAUUACGCAAAAGCUGCAGAUGCUGCACCAGAAACCAUGGAGGAGGCCAACUGAUUGAACCUAAUCCAAAUUGUUCUUUCUCUCUAUUAGAUGGCCAAAUACACCUUCAUUUGCUUGUUUGUGCCUCCUCGGAUGAUUUAUCUAUUUCAAACAGCUUCUAGGAUCAACCACUCUCCGAACGAAGAACACCAUAAGUUGGAAUUCUAUUAUUGAUUGUUUUUGUAUUGUCUCGUCUUGUUUUUUAGUCUAUGCUGCUUGUUUGCUCACUAUUUUAUAUAUACUAGUAGUGUAUUUAUGUUUUGUACACCA